GCCUCUUGGCUGGGAAAUCCCUUUCCCUGGACGCGUCCAGGACGUCAAUUUGGUAUGUCUCUCCGCGGAUACGAAACAGUUUCCUUAGGAAAUCCUCAGAGGUGGGACUGUACUCCUCCACAAAUCCGUCCCUAAGGUAUCUUCUCAUGAUGGACGUCUUGCCGACCCGUGGCGCACCGAGAACUACGAUGCGCUUACAGUUCUGAGGCUUGGUCGGUGCUUGCUCUUGGUCAAUAUGACGCUGCCGGGUUUGCCCGUGGAGAACCAGAGCUGCCAGAUGAUCAAAGAACAAGAAGCUAAAACCCCAGGCUCUUGACAUUCACCCAGACCUCAGUGAAAUUCAUAAACCACAGCCGCCCAAGGGUCGUCAAAAACCAGCGCUCAUGGCUUGUGUGCGUAGAACACAGCCAGCGGAUGAAGUCAGAGAUGCUGUGCGAGGGCCGGUGGCUCAUCCAGUGAAUCUGGACCCUUCCUCUCAACUUCUGGACUACACAGGGCUUCGGUUUGAUGACCAAGGGAUGCUUCUUCCACACAGCAUCCUGGGUAGUUUAGAGGAUUUCAGACGUUAUCUGGAGGCCAAAGGGGAGACGGAGCUGGUGAAGCGCAUCCCAAAGUCCACGAGAUACGAUCCGUUCGAGGACCCAGGGAGGCGUCAUCCUGAGGCUGUGGAGAGUGGGCAUGGGAUCCCUUCAGGCCACAGAAACGUUCAGUGUAAUGCCCUGCGGCAUUGGGAUGCACACAUGACGCAGCGCAGACAGCAGCAGGACAUCUUAUCUGACUUGCUCGACAGGCCAGUCGUAAACUUACUGAUGAACCAAGCAAACCAGUUCAGAGAAUCUCAGCAGAAGAAGGAGAUUCUGAACCGAGUCAUGCCACUCAUCCACUCUGGAUAUGGUCACCGUGUGGGCAGUGAGUUUUGGAGUCUGCCCCAGCGUUACGGAGAUGAAAUGAGUGGCAUCACAGCCACUCUGACUCAGACCGAGCAGGGCAGACGGGAGCCUGUGACACACGUAGGACAACCGAGCAGCAUACGCCAGGAAUCAGGAAUAUUUUGCGCUGAGACUCUGCGUCUACCCUCUCGGACUUGGGACCAGAGUGCAUACCUGCAGCACCAGUGUCAGGAGCUCAGAGAGGUUCUAGGGGACACGGACAUCAAACAGCCGGAAAUCAAUGGACUGGAGGUUAUUGGCUCUAGCAAGCCACUCACUUUUGUCUCGGUGUGUCGUGGUUCCCUACUGGAGAAGGAGGAGGAGGAGACGGAGCAUGAGAAGAUGAAGAAGGAGAACCUUGAUCCACUGGCACAGUUUGAUGAUGUUCGGUCAGAUGCUCUGCUCAUUCCUGCCUUAAGAUUCUGUGGUCAGCUUGCUAGCUGGACAGGAAACUCUACGACUAACCAGGGAGAAGUAGGAAUCGGUGCCAGAUUGAUCUUUCAGGCCCUGACUGGAGAAACAGCCUCUUCCCAAUUGGAGCUGCACAAUGAGGGCAGCACAGCCGUCUUCUACAGCUGGGAGCAGCUUCCCGUGACACACAGCUUUCCUAACCUGCGAUCACGAACAAAGAGUCUGCACUUCUACUUCAACUCCUCCUCUGGCGUGAUCCGUCCCGGUGUCACCCAGCAGGUUGAGUUCAUGUUUAAGUCCGAGAGGCCAGGCAUCCAAACUGAACUGUGGCAGCUCAACACCCACCCUUUGCUGCUGCAAGGAGCCUCCAUGCAGGUCACACUGAGGGGAGUGGCUCUGUACCAGGACAAGACCGCAGCCCAGAAGCUUUUCAUAGAGACAAAGCUGGAAGAGAGAGUGACGGAAAAAAUGUGUCUGUCGAUUGUGAACGAGGUGCUUUUGGGGGUUCACACUCCAGAGAGACCCAGCUCUCCCGCAGAACUCUAUGUCACUGAAGAGCAAGAGUUUUUAAGCAAGAACCCCGAGUUGCCGUAUCUUCAUCAGCCAGUGGAGGAGCUAAAGAGACUGUGGCAAGAAGUGCAUCCGGAACGCUCCUGGGACUUCUCUGUCCAUACGCUCCGACAGGUUGUGCUGUCUCUGUGUGAGCAAGAGUCAGCGCAGGAGAAGAGCCUGGCCCAGCUCAACUCCCUGCUUCUGCAGCUUUCUGAACCUUCUCAACUGAAUCGCCUCCAGCUCACAGCAGCAGCUAUAGGGCAGCAGCUGUGGAGGAAACUGCUUGACACGAUGGCUGCUGAGGCCAUGAUGCUCAGACACCUGCAGGGCCUCCCAGAGAAAGACACAUGGAUCGAUAAAAAGGAGGAACCCCCGAUCGCUGAUGCUGAUGUGGCCGAUAACAAAGAUGGGAAGAGUGAGAAAAAGGGAGGAGCAGCUGCUACAGAGGAGAGGAGUAGGGCGAGCGCCACAAUUAAAGAUGACAACAAAAGGGAGUCCCAGUCAGCAUUAACUGAAAAACCAGUGCAGGACAGCAAAAAGAAGGGGAGAAGAAGGGAGGACGUGGGGAAACGCAGUAGGGAGGACGUGGGGAAACGCAGUAGGGAAAAGCUAGCAAAGGAAACGACCUCGCUGACUGAUGUCCCCCAAGGCAGCGUCAGUCCACAACCUCCAAGUGUAGUGGUGGAGGACGUUUACACGAGGCUCCUGCACAAAAAGGUUUAUGCACUGAUGGAAGACCUGGUGGACAACCUGUGUGACCUGAUGGACGAGCUCAACGAGGACGAUGAACAGGACUCGCACACUAGUAACAUGUGAGAGAGGCAGGCACAGGAGCCCACUGAAUAUAUACAACCAAAUGUAACUAAAACGUGUCACGGAGGAUUCCCCAAUCUCUGUUUUGUACCCUCUUUUCUUGUGAAAUCAAUAAACUGAUUAUUUUUCUGGCACCGUGGAUGUGCAGUGAUAUUCAUCAUGUGUCAGUCACACUGUCACACUCGCAUCAGCGGGCGAUAGUAGGUUAACAGUAUCGCUGACUCUGCAAACGAAGCGCGCCUCUGCCUCUCUUUUACGCUCACCGUUGUGAUUGUGCAUGCUCUAUGGUCUAUGCGUGCGUUGGCCUGCCGGUGCCGUAUGCGUGUGUGGAUGAGGCUGCCCGAGUGAGUGAGAGAGGGAGCGAGCGAGCCGUGUGCUGUGGCUUAUCCUCGUCCUAUGCGGAUUUCACCACUGCCUGCCCGAGCGGCUCGCAUCCAUCCAGGGUGUAGGCCGGGGGUUCAGACGCCGACAUUCCCAUUGAAGGAAACACUCACUGUUCGGCUCCUCUCUCGCGUUUUGCCGGAUAAAGGAGCGGAGGGGAGAAUCGUGGUUGCCCUGCUUUGCUGAUCCCAGCGGAGGGGGAUAUAUUACCGGGACUUGGGGAGGAGACAGCGGAGAGGCGAGGAUGCUCAGCGGACAAGGCGAGAGAUGAGCAAUGGGCAAGGGGCGUCCUAUAACCCCUGACAGAGAAGAGGAGCCUUCUUUGCCACAGCAUCCCCCCUCUCCUCCUUUCCUCCUCCGGUCCACAUCA